AUGCACGGAGAAUAUUACGAGGGCUAUAUGCUCCCAUCGGACAUUGGCAACGGGCCCAAGCCUCGAAAGUCACACAAGCCUGUAGCCAACAAGGACGCGAUGGCAUCAAUGACCACAUUGGUCGGGGACGACGAUGGCGUUCUCAAGAAGCUUGACUCCUCAGAGAAGCCAUCUGCAACAAAGUCAUCAAACUUCCUGAAGCAGCUCAUGAAGAAGGGCCAGUCAAAGGAUGCCCCGGAACAUACCUCGAGUCACAAAGCGCCCAAGACACAUUCGCAGGCGCCUUUGCGGGAGCCUCGGAUGCCUAGCUGGGAGUCUAUGGCCGUGUAUGCAUCCCUGAAGUAG